AUGAAUAAUUUUAACAAAACAUUAGCUACACAUUUUAUACUCAUUGGCUUUAAGAACUUUCAUGAAGUGAGAAUAAUUGUAUUUAUUAAUCUUCUUUUAAUUUAUAUUAUAAUAUUUAUCGGGAAUUUUUUCAUCCUAUGUUUAGUGCCAAUUGUAAAGAACCUCCAUACCCCCAUGUAUAUCUUUCUGAAUAACCUUUCAUUAUCUGAUGUGUUAAUUACUUCAAAUAUUGUGCCAAACAUGCUACGAAUCUUGUGGACAGAAAAUGGAAGUAUGACAUUCUCCGGUUGUACUUUUCAGUACUACAUAUUUGGAUCCCUAGCUGCAACAGAAUGCUUACUUCUGGCUGUGAUGUCUUAUGAUCGCUAUCUGGCAAUUUGUGACCCUUUGAGAUAUUCAUCUGUUAUGACUUUUAGACUCUGUCGAAAUCUGAUCAUUUUCUCUUGGGUAGCUGGAUUUACUCCUACAUUUCCUGUUGCGAUAUGUUUAUGCAAACUCAAUUUCUGUCACCUAAACACUAUUGAUCAUUUCUUCUGUGAUUUUGCACCAUUUCUAGAACUUGCCUGUUCAGAUAUUUCUACAGUGAAGAUGUUGGCGUUUGCCUUCUCUUUCCUUUUUACCCUCUUCCCAUUUAUCAUCAUUAUUGUGUCUUAUGCUUCCAUUAUUAACACAAUCUUAAAAAUUAAGACAGAGAAAGGAAGACAGAAGGCCUUCUCUACAUGUAGUUCCCAUCUAGCUGUAGUUUCUUUAUACUAUGGGACUCUUUUUAUUCUCUAUGGCAUGCCUUCUAAGAAACAGUCCUUUAAUAUUAACAAAAUCCUCUCUCUUUUGUACACCAUUGUAACACCUUUGCUGAAUCCAAUUAUAUAUUCUUUAAAAAAUCAAGAGAUCGGUAGGGCAUUUCAUAAGGUUUUUAAGAAAUGGCUUUUAUGA